GCUACAUGGGGUAUGAAAGGACGUCAAGAAAUCAACAAGUCAAGGAGGAGGAGGCUUGGUCAUUUACAUAUGACAACAAAGGAACCCUUGUAGAUAAAGUACGUCACUAGAGAAGACAGUACAUCACCCUGGGGAGUUAGGCUGGUAGCAAGCCUUUAAAAGGAACAAGACAAGCGUCAAGCUGAUCGAGGUAGAGAACGAGCUUGGAUCAAGAAUAAUAAUGUGCUAGUGAACAAGGUCGAGCUAGAAAGAGGAUGUAUUGGGAUAUGAGAGACCCUACAAACUACCCAGAUCACAAAAAGUCAGGAGGUCGUUGAGACCAUUGAAAGGGGAAUGCAAGAGUUCACGAUGAUCUGUUAUGGGAUUGUCCUAUCCUAAGUGGAGGGAACACCUAGCCACCUAGGGUACAUGAGGGGUGACAGAAGGAGGAACCUCUGUAAUAAGUUGGAACUAGAGGGCUAAGAGCUGGAGUCUCGAAACCAGUUGUAGUAGUAAAUCAUUCAACCAACCGAGUAUAGACAAGCAAGUAGAACAUUUAUUAGAAGUUCUAAUAGAUGUUAGAGAAUUCAAGGAAGAGUCUCAACGGUCUUAAUAAAAACAGGUUGCGUACAAUACCAGGAAAGAGCAGGAAGGCUAGAGGAAGUUUGACGAGAUUUCAAGAAGUCAACGGGUCAAGUCUCAGGUGACUCGAGAUCAAGAAGCUGCACAAGGAGGUACGAUGAGGGAAAGCAUUACCGAGAAGGCGGAAAAAGAGAAGUUACCUUAUCCAAGGUGCCCCACUCUGAGUGGGCGCGACAUAGUAGGAGGGCUCCAGAGGGGACGACUAGUUAAUGAAGAAACAGAAUAGACUAGUUUAUGUACAAGAUCGAUCAACAAGAGAGACAUGGAAUGAGUUAGGUUAAAGGUUACCAAGGGCAGGCCACCAUUGGAAGUUGUUCCCUAAAACAACAACGAGAAGAUACUCAACAAAGGUUGGUGACCAAAUAUAGUACAAGUAACAACAGAGGAGUUGUAGUUUGGUGGUAGUAAAAGUAAAGAAGCAAGAAGAACACUGUGGGAAGUUAUAGAAAAAAAAAUGGUUGGCAUCAACCUGGCGAUGUAUGCAUCAAGGAAGAUAGUAAGACGGGCGGAAGCAGGAGUACAACAGACAAAAAGAAAGCAUUUGGUUGACCACCAAGUAGAGAACAACCGAUCCAUAGGAAGUCCAUGGAGAUAUUUCAGUCAAUUCUUAAGGUGGAAUCAUGAUCGUCAGGAAUAGUCGAAGGGAGAACCUUAUCUAUCAUGGUACAUAAGUGAGAAGAGACUAUAAGAACCUAGAUGACUACAUCGAGAACAAGGAACAUCUAGAACUAAUGAGUAACAUCAAGGAGAAGAGUCACGAGUAAAGAAGUAAUAUGGAUAUGAGUUUAGGGAAUCGGAUAGGGUACCCCAAAGUGAAGCCAAGAUCGCCUAUGCGGGUGAAAGGUGCCGAUCUCUCAGAUAAAAAUUUAUUGGACGGGGAAACCGUACGAUGAAUUUCAGCUAGGGUACAAGAGUGGUAGAAGGGAUAGUACGAGAGCAUAACAUUCAAGCAACGAUAAGGAAGUGUUAAGUUAGGCGCCAGGAGUGAACAAGUACUCAAAAGGGAAGGUCGUGAUUCUGGAAAGAAGUCAUAAAGUUUAUCGCAAGCUGGAGAGAAAUGCAAAGGAUGUCUCUAAUGCCUACAGAAGGUAAAAGCAGUAGUAUGAGGUUUUGGCGCUAAACAACAAGUAACGAGGAGAUGACCAUUCAGUCGAUGGCUAAAGGGAGAGACAAAGAAUCUUGGAUGAAAGUAAGAGAUUCAGAGUCAGAAGGUACAAUGACCUAGGUGAUCUACGUGGUCAACCACAGAUGAGGUUAUGUUAAAAGAGUUUUGCGAUAUAACAAGAUGGAGGUGAAGCGGCCAUUAGUAACCUUUGGGUUGAAAGGGGUAUUAAGAACAUUAAUAGGGAUAUGUAAGAGAUUUUCUCAUGCUAAAGUCACCAUAUAUGGUGAAUCAGGCAUCAAGAGUGUGUGUCAAGUGGAAUUAUCAAAGAGGAGAGUAACGAGGCCUAUAAAGGGAGAAGAAGCGAUGCCUAGGAAUCAGCAUCGAAGUUAAUCAUUAAGCAGGCCAAACAUUCUAUACCAAGGAGAGUUGUCAGCAGUCAGGAUAGGGAGGACAAAGUUCAAGGUCUGGGUCUGGUGUGAGCUGAAGUUACAACGAGUCAUGACUUGAAUAGGGCUGGCUAAUAAUUUAUUUCCUUUAAGUUCUUAAGGAAUCCUAAGUAGAGACCCAAGACAAAUUGUUGAGAACAAUAAGAGCUACAAAUGCCAUUACAGCGUCAGAGACAUUUAAAAAGAGAGAGUGCCUUAGCGCCAUAGACGCAUUGAGCAAGUAACUAGCUUGAGCAAAAGAUUUUUGAAAAAUGGGUGGGUAUUUAGUUGGCGAAGGACCACACGAAUUGGAGAAAAGGGUUUAUAGCUCCAGGUUGUAUAAGGUAAAGGAAGUAUAAGUCCUUGCAGCAGAAGGAUUACCUCAAGUGAGACUUUAGGUUAUCAGCAAUGAACAAAUUUCGAGGUCGAAAUUUUUCUUAAGGAGGGAGGAAAUGUGACACCUCGAAUUCGAUCUAAGGUUCAAAAACAAGUACUGAAUGGGCUAGACCAAUAAAUCGACUCGAUGUGUUGUCCCGUCACGUCUUAUGCCCAAGUGGGGAAUUGAAAAGGAUAAGUAGCCACCCAAAGCUGGCCGAUGCUAACGAGCUUGGUGAGAAUCCCUUCUAUGGUCAAGAGGAAAUAUAAGAAGUGAGGUAAAUCAUACGGGACAAGCAACGGACAUCGGACAUCAUCGAAAUACAUUUAGCUAGAGUAAAUUCUUGAGGCAAGGGAGUACAAAGAUGGUGUAGAAUGAGCAAUGAGUUUCAAGCAAAUUUUGGGGACGAAAUUUUUAUAAGGGUGGAGGAAAUGUAACACCCCGAAUUUUGGGUUAGGUUCGACCGAAUGAUUGGAUCGAUGGUUACGUACGAAGGGUUGCACCCGCGGUUUAUGAAUAAUAAUAAUAAUAAUAACUAUAUUAUUAUUAUUAUUAUUAAAAAAAUAUACAUAUAAACCGAGAGGGCGCUCGACCCUCAAUUAUUUCGAAGAAAACCCUCGCCGUCCCUUUAACAUGUCUUUAUCAAUUCCCUACCCCUCAUCAAUUCUCCACCGACCCAACAGGGAGAAAAUCACCGCCGCCAUCCUCCUACGAGUUCGCACAAAGAACCCAGCCCCAUGAUCCCUUUCGCCUCCACAAAGCAAGAUCUUCUCACAAGUUCCUCACUUGUCGUUGUGAUGGGAGCAACACAUCUUAGCGGCGGUGGGCGGUAGGACGAUUCCAAGGACGGGGACAAGGUUGUUUAUAUAUCAGCGCAUGUGGAUUGACAAUGAUUGCACGGAGUAGAGGUAACACCAGUCUGCUUCGUUGAAUCAAAUUAGUAUCACGUUUAGGAUAAGCAAUAUUGGGGUUAGGAGAGGUACUUUAACGUGGCUUGGGACAUUUUGUUGUGGUUGACUUUUAUGAAUGAGACGAAUUGGGUUGAUGUGGAACGAAGUCAAUCAACUGCUACGGGAUGUUCCGCAUCAGGCUAUCAAGAAGUGUUGGCGGAUGGGUCAAAGUCAUUCAGGAUAUUCGACAAAAUCAGUCAUUUGAGAAUUAAGGUGAGUGUAAAGGGGGUAAAUUCUACGCCUUACGGUUUUUAAGUAUCUGCCUUGAGUAUUUUUUUUCGAGUAUUGAUUUACGUGAUGCAUGUGCAGUAUUUGCUUCAUGUUUGAGUUUGCAUGAUUAUGGUUGAUGAUAUGUGCUUGUUUGAGUUAUGACUUGAAGUGAAUGGUGAUUAUUUACCUUGAAAAUUUUAUGAGUAUAAGCUAUUGUUAAAGUUUAAGAAACAAUGUAUUUUUAAGAAGUAACCCACCUUCAAGAAGGUGAAGUCGUUUUAAGUGUUUUUAGUCACUAGCGCCAGUCCGUUGCCAUUUGAGAUUUUCAGAUAGAGUAGCAGUUAUGCUCUUGAGAUCUUUGAGACAGAGCAGCAGUUAUGCUCUUGAGACUUUUAAGAUGAGCAAUAGUUAUGCUCUUGAGAAUCGUGGUGAAGAGCCACCACGAUAAGUUUAAGAUGUUAGGGGGGAUGAAUCGUUACGACUUCCCUAACUAAGUUUAAGUUUAAGGAAAGCCUUGAUGGCUUCUCAUAUGUAUGAGUUGGCAACCAGACUAGCUAGUGAGGGAUCCCAGUGUCAGUCAAGUAUUUAAGUCAAGCUUUGAGAUUUAAGAAUGGAGUAACAGUAACUCCCAUACAGUUUUAAGAGUUAAGCUUUUCGAUAGUGGAAGUACAAAAGAACUUCCACACAGUUAAGUAAAGUGCUCAAGUUUUAUUAAGAGGUUAAACGUAAGGGCGUAGAAUGACCCCAACUCACUCACCAGUUUGAAGAGGAAGAAGCUAGAGGAGCAAUUAGAGAGUAGCGGGAUCGAGAGAAACAGUUCGAGUGAAGCUAGCUAGAGGAGGACGGUACGAGUAUCACUGAGGAUGUCUAGUCAGAGUUUUUCACGCAAGCAACAAAACCUGAGACUAGUUAGUUAUUAUGUUUUAUGAUUAUGAGUAUAGACUGGAGAUCAAGUUGAGUUUUUAAAGGUUGUGUUUAAUUAGCCCACAUGUUAGGGCUUUGCUUUGAACUACAAGUGUGUGUUUUCAGUAUUUUAUUUAUUGAAAUUUUUCCCAGUUGCAAUUUAAGAUUUGAGUAUUUUAUUUAUCAAGGGAAUUUUAGUAAAAGUAGUACCCGGCCGGGUUAGGGUGUUUCAACAUUUCAUUCGGCAAAUUAUUUCAUCAAUUCACUUUUUGCAUUUCGUGAAUCUUCACUUGAUCUCUCUGGUUCGAUUAGGGUUUCUUGCAGCCCCGAGAAAGUAAAAGAAAGUCGAAGAAGAAGCAGUUGGUCUCGCGCUCGAUCAUCUUCACGUGGUAUCAGAGCCCGGCUCCGACGUCUCAGGCGCAACCGCCCCCGGAGAAGAUGAGCUCGGGAUCAACAUCAGCUGGGAUCUUCAUGGCCGACGGAUUUUCACAAACUCGUCCACCGCGGUUUGAAGGUGUACACUACGGCUAUCGGAGAAACCGAAUGGAGCUGUUCAUAUGUUCCACUGAUCCAGACCUUUGGAACAUAGUGCUGGAUGGUCCGCUCGAAGUCAAGGAAACUCGUGGAAAGUGGACAGAGGAAGACAAGAGGAACUUCCAACUAAACUCGAAGGCAACCAAUUUGAUGUACUGCACUCUGGGGCCAGAGGAGUAUCACAGAGUGACGGGAUGCAAAUCAGCAAAGGAAAUCUGGGAAAAGUUGCAGAUUGCACACAAAGGAAAAUCGCACGUCAAAAUUUCAAGGAUAAAUAGCCUCAAGCAAGACUUUGAGUCAUUCGUCAUGAAGCCUGAAGAAUCAAUUAAGGAGAUGAACGAGAGAUUCACUACCAUAGUGAACAGCCUGAGGAACCUGGAGGUUGAAUAUGCCAGUGUCGACUUGGUUCGGAAAGUUCUCUGGGCAUUACCAAAGAAGUGGACUCCCAAGGUCACAACAAUCGAAGAAUCAAAGGAUCUCACCAGAUUGAGCCUGGAUGAACUAAUCGGCUCCCUGAUCACGCAUGAAGAAAAAUUGAAGAGGGAGGAUCUGGAAGAGCCGAAGAAAGAAAAAAGAGGAAUAGCUUUCAAAGUAACAUCACAGGAAGAUGAAUUAGAGUGCCUCGAUGAGAUGGAAGAAGAGGAAUUUGCUAUGCUUAACAAGCAUGUUGCUAAACUGCUGAAGAUAAGAAGAGAAAGGAAAAGAGGAAACUUCCCUGGCAGACAACGAGAAGCAGAAAAUGACAAGGAGUCUAGCAAGGGAAAUCGACAUAUGACCCGAAGUAAAAGAGAAGGAGCCAGCUCAAAACGAUUUCAGUCUCAAGCUGAAUGUUUCAAAUGCGGAAAGCAGGGACACAUCAAGGCAUAUUGUCCCCUGACAAAGAAGGAGAAAGCUUAUGCUACCUAGAGCUGCAGCGAAGAGGAGGAAGAUGAGGAUGAGACCUGUCAGAAAUACAGUGCAUACAUGGUUGUCGAUGAAAGUGAUGAAGAAGCUUCACAAGUAAGAUCCUACUACUCUGACUCCUCUAGUGAUAAUGAUCAAUUGGAUGAAACUAUCAGAGACAUUCAAAAGGAAUUUGUAAAUGUUAAGCAUAAACAUAUGACAACUAAAGCCAAAUACGAAGCAUUAGAAUCUGAGCUUGAAGCAUUGAAAAAUGAAAAACUAAGUAUAGAAAACAAACUCAGAAAAUCAGAGGAAGAAAAUGUCUUGUUAAAAAAGAAGAUUAAAGAAACAGAAGAGGAAUUAAGUGAGAACACAAGGACUAAAAGCAAGGUGAAUAGGCAUGUUUCAAUCAAGGGUCAAGUCAAUCAACAUAAAUGGUUUAAAAGAGUCAAAAACUCAGAGUGCUUUUACUGUCAUAAAACUGGACAUUUUAUUGCUCACUGCAAAAAGAGAAUUGCCAAAGAAAAUAAAGACAGAGUCAUUUGUGAACAUAACAUAAGACAAACAAAUAAAGCACAUCUUAAAGACUGUCAAUCAUGGAAGGCAUCUAAACUUGUUUGGAUGCCUAAGUCUAAGUAGACCUAUCUGUUUGUUUUCAGACCUGUCUUCAAGUGAGCACGAAAGGCAGCGUAUGGGUACUUGACAGUGGGUGCUCACAUCACAUGACUGGUAAUAAAAAUCUUUUUUCAAAACUUCAUUUAGAAAACAAAGGAAAAGUCUUUUUUGGUGACAACUAUAGCACUGAAAUACUAGGUAAGGGUCAAGUAGGAUCUGUACCCUCUAUUAGCAAUGUUCUGUUAGUCAAGGAUUUAAAACACAAUCUCCUCUCCAUAGGACAAAUGUGUGGGAGUGAAAACAGAGUCAUUUUUGAACAAAAUAAGUGCUAUGUUGAAAAUAUUGAAACUAAAAAGCUUAUUUUCGCUGGAAAGCGCAAGGGUAAGCUGUAUACAAUUGAUCUUGAGGACAAAUCAGCUUUCAAUGAAACCUGUCUAGUUACAGUUAACAAGAAUGAUCAAACUGAAUGGCACCGAAGGCUAGGACACAUAAGUGUUGGAAUUCUGUCAAAACUAGUUAAUAUGAAUCUAGUUAGAGGAAUUCCUAAGCUACACAGCAAGAAAGAAUUCUUCUGUGAUGCCUGUGCUAAGGGAAAACAGUUUAGAUCCUCUUUCAAAUCAAAACCAGUCAUCUCAACCACUAGACCAUUAGAGUUGCUUCAUUUAGAUUUGUUUGGACCUAGCAAUGUAAUGAGUUUAGGGGGAAAAUACUAUGCCUUUGUGAUUGUGGAUGAUUUUUCCAGAUUUACUUGGGUACUUUUUCUUACAAGCAAAGAUGAAGGAUAUAAAGCUUUUAAAACACUUUUCAAGCGAGUAGAGAAUGAAAAACAACUAGGUGUUGUAGGUAUAAGAAGUGAUCAUGGAGGGGAAUUUGUGUCAGAAAAGUUUGAAAAAUUCUGGAAUAAAAAGGGAAUUUCCCACAACUUCUCUACACCUAGGACACCACAACAAAAUGGUGUGGUUGAAAGGAAAAACAGAACACUUAUCGACAUAGCUAGAACUAUGCUGAAUGAUUAUGGCAUACCAAAGAAAUUUUGGGGGAAAGCCAUAAAUACUGCAUGCUAUGUAACUAACAGGGCUCUCAUUAGAUCCAAACUAAACAAAAACCCCUAUGAACUCUGGAAGAACAGGACACCUAAUUUAAGUUACUUUCAUCCAUUCGGAUGCAAGUGCUAUGCACUAAAUACCAAGGACAGUCUAGGAAAAUUUGACUCAAAAUCCGAUGAACCAAUUUUUCUGGGGUAUUCUGAAAGAAGCAGGGCAUACAGAAUCUACAAUAAAAGGACCCUCAAGGU